GCCGCCGCCUGCGGGGACGUGUGUGUCUCUAGUGCAAUUUCCCCUUUCGCUCGGUUGUCUGAGUGCAGGUCUCCGCUGGCUCGCGCCCCCUCCCCGGGCGCCCCCGCCGCCCCCUCCCCCGGCCUGGCCCUCCCCGGCGUCCACCCGGCUCCCCUCGCACUCCACCCCGCCCCCCGGAGUCGUUUUAUCAGGGGCGCCGCCGUCUCACCUGGUAUUUGCAUCUCGCCCUCCAACUUGCCAUUGGCGGCGCGACGUGUGGGAGAGCCCUGCGCCUCGCCCGCCCGGACCAGCCUGCCCCGGCGCCGAGCCUGCAGAUCGACCAUGAGAACAUCGGGAGAACACACGCCCUCCCCCAGCUUGGACAAGGUGGAGAGCGGGCUAUGAAUAUUCAGGGCUCACUCUGGCAGGCAGUAAGCCUUCAUCCACACCUCCCUGCCUGCCUGUAGUGACGAAACCACAGCAGGUCGCUCCUGCGCUUGGCCCAGCCCAGCAUGCAGCCUUGAACCUGGCUUAGGCCACCACCUACUCCAGCUCUCUACACCCCUAUUUUACUGUGGCUCGGGGUAUAGGCUCUAGGCUCCAAGGUACCCGAACAGCACCUCCUCAUCAAGGAAACCCUGCAGCUCCAGAGGGCCCUGCGGAUCCCGCAGUCAGCUCUCUGAGAAGACAGCAUGGCUAUUACCCUGCAGCCCAGUGACCUGAUCUUUGAGUUUGCAAGCAACGGAAUGGAUGACAUCCACCAGUUGGAAGACCCCUCAGUGUUCCCAGCUGUGAUUGUGGAGCAGGUCCCCUACCCGGAAUUGCUGCAUCUGUACUCAGGCCUGGAGCUGGACGAUGUUCACAAUGGCAUCAUAACGGAUGGGACCUUGUGCAUGACACAGGAUCAGAUCCUGGAGGGCAGUUUUUUGCUGACAGAUGACAAUGAAGCAACCUCACAAACCAUGUCAACCACUGAAGUCUUGCUCAACGUCGAGUCACCCAGCGACAUCCUGGAUGAGAAGCAGAUCUUCAGCACCUCCGAAAUGCUUCCAGACCCAGAGCCCGCUCCAGCCGUCACGCUGCCCAACUACCUGUUUCCUGUCUCUGAGCCCGACGCCCUGAACAGGGCUGGUGACACUGGUGACCAGGAGGAGCACUGUCUGAAGGAGAAGGUCCCCAGAGAAGACAGUGCCAAGAAGACUGGAAAAUCGAAGAAGAGGAUCCGGAAGACCAAGGGCAACCGCAGUACCUCACCCGUCACCGACCCCAGCAUCCCCAUACGGAAGAAGUCCAAGGACGGCAAAGGCAGCACCAUCUACCUAUGGGAGUUCCUCCUCGCCCUUCUGCAAGAUAGGAACACCUGCCCCAAGUACAUCAAGUGGACCCAGAGAGAGAAAGGCAUCUUCAAGCUAGUGGAUUCCAAAGCCGUGUCCAAGCUGUGGGGGAAGCAGAAGAACAAGCCUGACAUGAACUACGAGACAAUGGGGCGGGCGCUAAGAUAUUACUACCAAAGAGGCAUCCUUGCCAAAGUGGAAGGUCAGAGGCUGGUGUACCAGUUUAAGGAGAUGCCCAAGGACCUGGUGGUGAUUGAAGACGAGGACGAGAGAAGCGAAGUUACAGCCGCCUCCCCUCAGGCCUCCACCCCCUCCACGUCCUCUGCUGGCAGCACCCGGAGAGCUAGCGCCAGGGUCUCCUCCCGGGCUGCCCCGCCGGGUAAGGGCGGCACCUCGUGGGAAAAGCCAAAGGUGCAGCAGCACGUCGGCCUGCAGCCAUCCGCCAGCCUGGAAUCGGGACCGUCCCCAGACGAGGAGAUGCCCACUACCUCUACCGUGCUUGUCUCUCCGCCAGAGAGCCAGGCCAAGCUCACCAAAGCUGUGAGCACUUCGGUGCCCAGCAACAUCCACCUGGGAGUGGCCCCUGUCGGGUCGGGCUCGGCCUUGACCCUGCAGACAAUCCCGCUGACCACAGUGCUGACCAACGGGCCUCCCGCCAGUACUACUGCUUCCACCCAGCUCGUUCUCCAGAGCGUUCCACCCGCUUCGACCUUCAAGGACACCUUCACUUUGCAGGCCUCCUUCCCCCUGAAUACCAGCUUCCAAGAGAACCAAGUGGCAGCGCCAGGGGCACCGCUGAUCCUCAGCGGCCUCCCCCAACUUCUGGCUGGGACCAACCGUCCGAACAACCCAGCACCACCGUCGGUCACAGGGGCUGGCCCAGCGGGGCCCAGCUCUCAGCCCCCCGGGACUGUCAUUGCAGCCUUCAUCAGGACUUCCGGUGCCACAGCCGCCCCUGGGGUCAAGGAAGGGCCGCUGAGGCCCUCCUCGUAUGUGCAGGGCGUGAUGACUGGGGCCCCCAUGGAGGGGCUGCUGGUUCCUGAAGAGACCCUGAGGGAGCUCCUGAGGGAUCAGGCUCACCUUCAGCCACUUCCAACCCAGGUAGUUUCCAGGGGUUCCCACAAUCCGAGCCUUCUGGGAAACCAGACUCUCUCUCCUCCCAGCCACCCCACUGUUGGGCUGACCCCGGUGGCUGAACUUGAGCUCUCCUCAGGCUCAGGGUCCCUGUUUAUGGCUGAGCCUAGUGUGGCCACAUCUGGGAGCCUGCUGACCAGAUCCCCAACCCCAGCCCCCUUCUCUCCGUUCAACCCUACUUCCCUCAUUAAGAUGGAGCCCCAUGACAUAUGAAGGGCGGGGUGGGGAGGGAAGUGUGAGCCCCCAGGCAAAAUUGAACAGCGUUUGUACCCGGACUUCCUCUAAGAGAGACUGACUUAAGUAGCACACCUGCCCUUACAUUUCAGUGGGUUGUCCACACACCAGCACCCCCCCACCCCCCCGCCCCCAGUGCCCCAGCCCCGCCUGGUGUCACUAUAGCCAAGACAGGCCCAGUUGGAACAUCCCUGGCAUCAGACCAUGGCUUUCAAGAGCAAUAGGGCAUACGCUCUUGUCGGGGUGAUGGGCUGACUUGGUGAUGGAGGGCAAACCUGUCGAGACGUUUGUGACCAGGGCUGGGGUCGGGGCUUUGAGAGGAGUCUUUUGGCCUGGCUGGAUGUCACCAUCUUCGCUCCCUCCACACAGUAGUUACUAGCCCGCCUGUGAAUAUCUCUGUACGUAUUUGGGUGUACUCGUGGGUCUGUAUCUCCGUUUCUUUGGUGAGAACGGGGGUGUAGCUGUGAGGUCUUCAAGGGUAUGUGUCCCUCUGUGGCUCAGCCACAGAGAUGGGGACUUUGCUGUUUUAAGGGAAAGCGUUCUUUCAUUCCCUUUGUACAAACCAAGAUUCGGUUGUUCUGAGACUACGGGGUGCAGGUUUGAGCCCCCAAAUCUGGAGAGAUGUCACAGAGCUGGGGCAGGUCCAGGGGACAAGUGAGUCAGUGAGCAUGUGUGUUGGGAAAGACGCAGUUCUUGGGGACAAGGAGAGGGCCGACUGAGAUCAAACCAUGAAGAGAGGGAAGGAAUUCUGCCCUGGGGAGCAGCCCCCUCCCCACCAGGUUAGAUGAAGUCUUCCCCCCCGCCCCCAGCCUCUUGGCCCUGCAGGCAUUUGCCAGCGGGCCGGAACCUUGAUCUCCCCAGAAUACCUUUCCGAAGCGCCCCUCACAGUCAGAGCCAGCCACAAAGUCCCCAGGGGCAGAAGGGCUCCAUUCAUUGAUGCAUGGGCUGUAAUACCAGCCUUCAUGGGCGCCCUGGCCUGCACCCCAGAUCCUGGCUUCUCUCUUGAUUAAUUUCACCCCUGUUAUCCCCAGGCGUGCUGGGGCUCAUCCUAGCGAUGUGCCUCGGGUCCGCCUCCGUUCCUGCUCCUGCCUACUUGCCGCUCAGCCCGCGUCCUGGUCCCCCGGCGGCCUGCCCACCCGGCCCCUCCCGCGAUGGCCACGGCAGAUGCCUCCAGCGGGGCCGUCGCCCCCAAGCGCCAGCUCCCCGGCUCACCCUGGUUCCUCCGCCGCGAAGGCGGCAGGCAGCCGAGGCGCGCGCACCCCCCCCCCCCCCCCCCCCCCGUCCUUCCGAUCUGUCUCUCCAUGGCUUCUUCCUGCCGUCUUUGCUCUUUCUGAGAAGGGAUCAGCCAAUUCUCUCUUUUUCUUUUUAAAGCCAAUUCUCACUUAGUCAACCCCGGGCCUAGGGCCCUGAGCCCCUCCCUUCUCUCUUCUGUGAAUUCCCUUUCCUCUCUCCCCACCCAGUUCGGGAGUAAGGCUAAGAGCCCUAACAUGUCAGAAACAGUGGUAUUACCUGGUGAAUUUGGUUAAUGUGAAUCCGUGCCUCGGGACCUCUGUGUCCUCGGCACAAAACCAGCCACUUGACCUAACUACCUCCCCGGUCGCCCUUCUCUCUCUCCUCCCCGUCACUGCCAAGCCCGGCAUCGUCCUCUCUUACUUCUUCUCGUUCUCCCUCUUCUCCCCCAAGAGGGAACCAUGUAUUGUUGUACAAGUGUAUUUAUUACACAUCUCCAGCACUUGGCAUUAACGUGCCUUUUUCUAAUAAAAUCAAUUUAUUAUGACAGUUUCCUGGUGGUGGAAAGUAAAGCAUCUCGAGAAAGGGUCAUCUUAAAAGGUUUUUUUGCACAAAGGUUAAAACAUGUUUAACCUUUUUUUUUAUGUUUAAAAAUGUUUAAUGGAUUUUGCCUCAUGGGUUAGGGGGCCCCCUCUCCCCAACCCCACAGAAUUCAUCAUCUGAAGGUCACUGAUACCCCUGCAGUGACAUCGAAGGUCUUCGUCACAGUCCUUGGCUCCUGCGAGCCCUCACGGCACUUGACACUACUUCCUACCCCCUCCCACAAUGGCUGGGCUCAGCCCCUUCCUCUGCCACCGCCACCGCCCUCUGUCUGUGCGCCUGCUGGCUCCGCAUCUACGGCUUGAGGUGUGGGUGCCCCCAAGGGCCUCAUCCGUCCUCCUGGCUCCAGUGAGGUGCUUUGGGGUUGGGUUUGCAAUCUAGAGCUCCGGCCCCCACUUUCCCCUCGGCUUCUGGCUCCCAUUUCCAGUGAUCUGCUGGAUUUUCUACCUAGACUCCUGUCAGUCCCUCAGAGACUGACCCGCUAUUGAAAAUGAAUUUUGAAAGUCCUACACACACACACCUUUCCAAACGAAAAGGCCGUCAUGACGUGCCUAUUUCUCUUAAUGGUGCCACCAGUUUCCUGACCCUCUAAGCUCAACAUUUGAGGGCCAUCUGAUGGCUGCGUUCACUUGACCCUGUCCCCUCCCCAUCUCCUGAAGUCCAGCGGGGUUUGCCGUGUCUCUCAAGCUUUUCCUCUACAUUCCCAGAGCCUCCAGCCUGGCUCCAACUUACCCAGAGCUUAUCUCCCUCCCUGGACACGGCAGCCCCCCGGGUGGGACCCGUUCUCACCCCCUCCAAUCUGCUAGGGCCAGGAUUCUGUUCUUCCUCUGCCAAAAAGCUUCCAGGGGCUCGUCACUGCCUUACAUGUAGGCGUGAUGCUCAAAAAACUUAACCUCCGAUCUGUUUUUAGCAGCUGGGCAUUAACCCUUUCUCUUCUGAGUCAUGAAGCAGUCCAGGGGUUCCGGAGGAGGGGUGGGGGAGCCCUUGAGGGCUCAGGGCAGUUGUUCCAGAGUAUUUUGCGCUUAGCCUCAGCUCUGUCUUCAGACGAGGUCCCAAGUCUUGGACCUCCCGGCCAGGCCCUCUACUAGCAAGUCCUAACUGACUUCCACAGGGGUCUUACAUUGUGCUUCCACCCCGCGUACUGCUCCAGUCAAACGGACGGACGCACUGGCCUUUGCACGUGCCUCUGCUGGAGUUUCCACUUCUGUGCUUUUGCUUUACUUGGUUCUGCUCAGCCAGAGUGUUCUUCCCACCCUGCUGUACCAGUUAAAUUGUAUGCAUCCUUCAGGGUUCAGUUGAUGGAAGCUGCCUCCCCAGACCAGCCUAUCCUCAAGCGAGUUCAUUUUAAAUGGGUUGCAAUUGCCGCUCUUUUGGCAACUGAUGGAGAGCAGCCUGUGACAUCUCCUCUAUGAUAAUCACAAACUGUCACAUCGAUCUUCAACAACCUGGACCUAUUUAGUCUCCCCAAUUAGUGUGAUGCCUUCUGAGGGGCGGGGGACUAUGUCACCCACAGAGCAGGGCACACUACGAAGUAUCUAGUGAGCAUCAGUGAACAGUCGCUGAUUGAGCUGGUGAGAGAUGGGGACCAAAGUUUGAGGUAGGUGACCUCCGACCUCCCCUCUGCACAGGCACUCACCGCAGGUGCUCCACUGCCCAGGGUCUGCCCUCCCUGGCCCAGUGCCCUCUGGAACCCCCACCCCACCCCACCCCCAGCCUUAGCACUCAAGAGUCGUUACUACUUUGAACAUCCCCUGUCCCUAAAGAAACUUCCCUGUCCAGUUUCUUUCCUCCUCAAAGUGUUAAAUUAGCUAAUCUGAUUAACCUGUGCUGAUAUAGUUAUGGGAGAGGGCUAGAGGAGAGCCUCAGGAGACAGGUUCAUUUCAACCAGGGUCAUGUGGCAACGACAUCCCUGCCUUUGCAAUGGUUUAGUUUAAUGGAGUCAAGAGACUUGCUCCUCACUCCCAGCAGCCAGUGCAUUACUCGCUCCUCUGGGCUCCCACAGCACUUUGUAUAUACCUCUUAUUGUAGCACUUAGCACACAGUAGCUCCUUAGCUAUGUGUUUAUGUAUGUUUUCCCUCCAAUAGACUGUGAGCUCCUCAAGGACAGGGACUGUGUGUUAGUCACUGAUGUAUCCCCAGCGCCUAGCACAGUGCCUGGCACACAGUAGGUGCUCAAUAAAUGUUUAUGGAAAGAA